UCGUAAAGACAGCAUCAAAAACUCUACACAAGUAAAACAUACAUAUAUAACUUUUUUUUUCAAUAUUUUUUACCGUGAAUUGUACGGUUUGCACAAUCCUUUCGCAUUUGUGCGUGCCUGGAGAAGCACUGUCAGUGUCUUGAUGGCGAUGAGGCGAAGAAGUUCAUCUGUGGAAAAUGUGGCAGUAGGACCUACCCCAUACACGUAAGAGUAGGCAUCGAAGGAUCCAGUUCCGAGAGUUCCGACGGGGAAUCGCUGAAAUCCGUGAUUAAUCGAAAUAUAACCUCCAUUUUGAGCAAUCAGAGCAGUAGAGACGAUUCGAACAGCUCAGAAGACGGGGAUUCUGAAUCGAUGGAUGCUUUCGAAUCUCCGAGCAAUUCUUCUCUUGGACAAAGUAGUAGCUUGAGUGGUACCAGAGGAAUUAUGGAGAUCUUGCACAAUAGUUCCCACCUACUAGAAGUGAGUGUGGUAUUCGAUGAAGAGCAGUUCGAGGGUUAUAGUUCUGAGAGUUCCGACGUGGAACACCUGCAAUCUGUGAUAAAUGAAAACAUAACCACUAUUUUGAGUAGCCCCAACAGUCGAAUCGACUUGAACAGCUCCGAUGAUCCUCAAUCUGAAUCGAUGGAAAUUUCUCAGAUAAGUCAGGAAGAUAAGCCCAUGGAACUUAUGCAGAAAAUUCAGAUAGCUAAACCUGUGGAAAUUACACAAAAACAUGGAGAAAAUGUACCUGUGGAGAAAGUAAUGGCCGAGACUUCAUUCAUUUCUGCCCAGGAUGAACCGGAAAUAGAUACUUCUCAAGGAAAUGAGGAAAUUCUGCUUUCACAGGAAACUCACGAGAGUGAACUUAUGGAGGAAAUAGUGGACGAGACUUUUAUUGUCCAGCAUGAUCCGGAAAUGGAAAAUUCCAAAGGUCAGGAAGAUAAGCCCAUGGAAAUAAUUCAGAAAAAUCCGGAGAACAUACCCAUGGAAGUUCCCCUGCAGAGUCAAAAAAGUGCACCCAUGGAGGAAACGACAGUCGAGACUUCACCUCUUACUGCCGUGAAUGAACCGGAAAUAGCUACUUCCCAAGGAAAUGUGGAUAAUCCACAACAAAGUCAGGAGUACAAGCCUGUGGAAGUUCCACAGAAAAGUCAAGAAAGUAUGCCCGUGGAGGGUAAAUCAUCCGACACUUCAUUCAUUUCUGCCCAGGACCUACCGGAAAUAGUUACAUCUUUUAACAACGAGUCUACAAAUUCCAAGCUCCUUGGCUAUCCAAAAGAUGAAGACUUAUACUCAUUUUAUAACAGCAAGGCUCGAGUGGAACCACCGCUUCCUCCUUUUAAGUAUCCAGUGGUUUAUAUCAGAACAAAGUCACCAUUUGCAGAAGACAUUAGAUCGAUUACUGAAGAGGAGAGGUGUGAGAAAAUAAAGCGCCUUAAUUCGGGGUCCAUAUCAUUAUCAUUAAGUCUACAGGAAAAAUACCUGUACUUAAGCUGUCAGUUUUUGGCGAAACAUCAGUCUCUGGGAUGGCCCACUUCAGAAGCAAAAAGAGGUUUGCAAAACGAUAUAUCUCAAGUACAACGUGUUUGCUUUAUAGGCUCAAACUCUGAUGGCAGUCCCACGGAAAUAGUGGAGUGCCCCGAAAUUUUCGUUCGCAAUACCACAAAACACGUGAACUUACCCAUUCCAUUCGAUCGUUUGGACGAGGACAAUGUUUUGGUCCAAUGCCCUGAUGCCAGUUGCCAAAAAUACCUGAAUAGGUCGAACAUCAAUGGUCAUUUGGCACAUGCUCAUUUGCUGUGGACCGUGAUGCAAUUAAAACUGAAUGAGUCUAUGACUUUUGACCUCGAUUUGGCAUACGUCUCUCGGGAAGCCAACUGCCAGGUGGUAGUUCAGCUUGAAAGAGUGAUCAGCGGAAGUCCUUGGAUGAAUGGACAUCACGAGGAUGUGCUACCAGUCUGCAUUAUGACGAGGCACUUUUAUUUGAAGGAUAGGGGAGUUCGCGAACGGAACCGGCGACUGACACUGGUUUGGGCUGCCACUUUUGUCUCACAGGCGCUGCCCUUGAGAGUCAGCCUGACAUUGUGGCCCAAGUCGGGAAACUCCGCCGGAAGUAUGUUUUCGUACACCGGAAGUCCAUAACUGAUCCACAGUGGCUCGGUAAUCAUGCUAACUGCAGACCUGGUGGCCUCCCUAACGAGAUAUGGCGAGGAAAACGCAUUUAUUGAGAAAAAAAAAUGGUACUUCUUGGCAUUUUUCGCGCUGUCUCUUUUGGAAAAUUAGAAAAGUGUGAAAACAGGACAGGAUGAUGUGGCCAGGACGAAACAGGAGGGCGAAUAGAUCUAAGGAAAGCGACACUCAAUUUGCGAAAUGCAAUAAAUUGAAUGAAAAGUGUGAAAAUGAAGAGGAGUCAUCAGCAUCGGCGACAACACUAACGACCAAACAGAGGCGGGAGAUAGAGCGAGCGCUAAGAAAGCCAGAAAAUGUAAAUGAAAAUUCAAGAAAAUUUAAUAAUAAAAACAUCAGCAUAAAGUGAAACGCAUAAAAUCCAAUGAAAUGUAAAAGGCGCCCGCUGGACCUUCUUCUUGUUGUGUUCUCGUUCGCCGUCUCUUUCUACGCCCCAUCACCCGUCUCUUUCUGACGCCGAAGGGCAGUGGCGUCCCCUGAAGAGAGCCGAACUCUGCCUACGCCCCUGCUCGGAUGUAUGUGGAAAAUAGCGUCGGGUAAUCACAUUUCUCUGGUAUAGUAUGGCAGUAUGGCAGUGUCCUGCAGCCGGCAGGAUAUGCUCAAUUGAACAUGUUGAUUGCUGACAGCGCGUCCUGACCCACCGAAUCCGAGCACCCACCACCCACCGCACCACUGCAAAUGAGGAGUCAAUUGAAAAUCAAGUUAGAGCUGGCUUUAAUGGAAUUAGUUCUACAUGGCAACGAGGCAUCUGCGAGAUGCAAACGCCA